AUGGAUUCACAUCUAAUCCUCGAGUGUUUUGCAGGAACAUUACAAGCAGAUUUGCAAUUAAGAAAUCAAUGUGAAAAAAAUUUAAAGGAAUUAUCAUCUCAACAAGGAUUUUUAGAAUGUUGUUUAAAUUUAUUAAAUGAACUAACCACUCCAACUCAUAUUAAAAAAGCAAUUGCAGUAUAUUUCAAAAAUAGAAUCACUAGGUUUUGGAAAUCAAAAGAUGAACAAACUCAUCCUAAAAUCGGUCAAGAUGAAAAAAAUAUAAUUAAAGAUAGAAUAUUACCCACUAUUCUAGUGGUUGAUUAUAAUAUAAAGCAACAAUUAAUACCAGUAUUAAGAUUACUAAUAGCAAUAGAAUUCGAUAAAUGGGAUUCCUUAUUAGAUCAAAUUGGUCAAUUAUUAUCACAACUGCAAAAUUCUGAACAAAAUUUAUAUACUGCUAUGCUUUGUUUUAACGAAAUUACAAGAAAAUUUAAAUGGUCCGACAAUCCAUCUAGAGAAACAAAAUUAUAUCCGAUCAUAAAUCAAGCAUUUCCAUAUAUAUUAAAUAUAGGAAAGUCUAUAAUUAAUGAUGUUACUCAAGGUAGAGAUAUUACCGAAAUACAAGCGGAAAUCAUAAAAUUAAUUUUGAAAUGUUAUAAAUUUGUUACGUAUUAUGAUUUACCUGAACCUUUAAGAGUAAAAGACCAAGUAUUUCAAUGGGGUGAAUUCCACGCAUCAGUUAUAAAUUUAAAACCUCCAUCAUACGUAACAAAUUCGUCUUUAAGUGAGCAAGAAAAAUCUUUCUUACAAAUUUCUAAAUGUUACAAAUGGGCAAUUGCAAAUGUUUUAAGAUUAUUUACAAGAUAUGCUUCAUCAAAUACUUUAAGUAAAAAAGUAUCCUAUAAAGGAUUUCAUGAAUUAUUUAUUACUGAUUUUAUCCCACAUUUCAUUCAACAAUUUUUAACUAUAACUGAAGAAUAUUGUCAUGGUGAAAGAUGGUUAUCCAUCACAACGUUGUACCAAUUGUUGGACUUUUUGAGUCAUUGCAUAGUGGAAAAACCAACUUGGACAAUUAUACAUCCAUAUUUCGACACAUUAAUAACUCAUUUAGUUUAUCCAACCGUAUGCCCUACAGAUCAGGUUUUAGAAAUUUAUGAAGAGGAUCCCCAAGAAUAUAUCCAUUUAUGUUUUGAUCUGACUAGUGGAUUUGAAAACCCAGAAUCUGCAGCAAUAGGAUUUUUUAUAACUGCUUUAUAUAAACGAAAAAAAUCAUGUUGGGGUCCAGUAUCGAACUUAAUAAAUUCAGAACUUUCAACUUUACAACAACAAGAAGAAACUUUAGAUGUAGCUAAAAAGAAGGAAGGUUUGUUGAGAAUAUUAGGAAGUAUAUCAGGCUAUAUUCCAAAAGACGAGUUUGUUGAACAAAUAAUAUCUAAAUUAGUAAUUCCAAAUUUAAAUUCUAAGCAUGAAUUUUUAAAAGCAAGAACAAUUGAAGUAUUAUCACAAUUUUCAGAAAUUGAUUUCCAAGACAAGGAGAUCUUAUCAAAUUUAAUACAAGGCAUAUUGAAAAAUUUCGAUGAUCCAAAUUCUUCGUUACCUGUGCAAUUUAAUAGUGCAUUAUCAAUUCAAGCUUUUAUAGUAAAAGACGAAUUUAAACAAGUUUUAUCAACAAUUGUUUUACCAACAAUGUCUAAAUUGUUAAACUUAUCAAACGAAAUUGAUAAUGAUGCUAUUUCAGUAGUUAUGCAAGAAUGUGUUGAAAACUUUUCAGAACAAUUACAGCCAUUUGGAGUUGAUUUAAUGAGUAAGUUAGUUCAACAAUUUUUGAAAUUAGCAGUGGAAAUACAUGAAGCCUCAAAAGUUGAUAUUGAUGAAUUUGACUCGAAUUAUGAUGAUCAAACUGAUAAACAAAUGGCAGCUUUAGGAUUCUUGAACACUAUGAUAACCGUCUUACUAUCGUUUGAAAAUUCUCAAGAAAUUUGUCAUAAAUUGGAGGAAAUUUUCUCACCUGCUAUCGAAUAUGUAUUGAUUAAUCAAAUGGAUGAAUUUUUUGCAGAAACUGGUGAAUUGAUUGAAAAUUCAACGUUUUUAUUGAGAUCAAUUAGUCCAAUCAUGUGGAAUAAUUUUAAAUUAUUAUUUAAUGAUUUUGAAAACGGUUCUGCAUUAAUGUAUAUUGAAGAAUUAAUGCCAUGUUUACAAAAUUAUUUAAUUUAUGGUAAAUCAGCAUUGCAAAGUGAUGAUACUUUAGUACAAUCAAUGGUUAUCAUAUUCCAACUUAUGACUGCUGAUUCAGGUGAUGAUUUAGGAGUUAUUGAUUUAAUUUUAGCUUAUGAAUUUGCACAAACUUUGAUUUUGUGUUUAGAAAACAAAGCUGAACCGUUGAUUUCAAAAUUUUUAGAAAUUGUUUUGUCGAAUGAUUCAAUAAAUGAUAAAAGGAAACUUAAUAGUUCAUAUUCUAUUAAUUCAUACAAUGUCAUAAUCGCAUCAAUUGUAUAUUGUUAUGAAACAACAUUAUCAAUUUUAAGUAAUUCAAACUUUUUAAUCAAAUUUUUAACAAAUUGGUUCAAUCUAAUUCCAGAAUUGCAAAGAGUUUAUGAUUUAAAGUUAUCAUUAUUAGCAUUAGUCAGUCUAUCAAAAAUAUCGAACAUCGAUCAACAAAUUCAUGAUUCCAUAUCAAUCAAAUAUAUUACACUUCUCAAAAAGCUAUCUACAGCAAUACCAAAUUUGGACAAGAAAAGGAAGAACAUAGAUGAAAUCAAUUCAAAUCCAAAUUUUGAAUUCAAUGAAGAAAUAAUUAAUCGUAUUGGAGGAAACGAGGAUGAUGAUGAUGACUGGGAGGAAGACUUUGAAGAUAUUGAAGCAAACGAAGCAAAUCAAUUAGAAGAUAAUGAUGAAACAAACAAUGAUGAAGCAACUCAACAAUAUAUUGAAUUUUUAAAUUCAGAAGAUUCGAAAUUACAAAAUUCAGGAUUUUUUGAUCAGAGUGAAGAAACAGUACAUGAAGAUCCUUUACAAAAUACUCCAUUAGAUGAAAUUAAUCCUUUUGAAAUUUUUAAAGAUUAUUUAAAAGAUUUGCAAACAAAUCAAAUUUCAAAAUUUCAAAGUUUAUUUGGAAACUUAAAUGAAGAUGACCAAAAGUUGAUUAUUGAUUUGAUUAAUCUCUAA